AAUUUUAUCAUUUCUGGUGUCAUUGUUUCUGGUGUCAUCUUUACUGGUGUCAUCGUUUUGGUGGUCAUUACUGAUGCCGUCAUUUCUGGUGUUGUGUCGUCAUCGUUACUGAUGCCAUGUCAUCAUGUUACUGGUGUCGUUUUUACUGCAUUACUAGUGUGA